UCAUCCAAUCUUCCUGUUCACUUCCGGACAUUGUGCCGUACUGCUUUCAUAUCCAAAAUGUAAACAGUGCGCUUACUGUUUCACUUGACAUCGGCAGCCCAUGUAUGCUAUUAUACACCGCUGCUCCGCUGUGGACUAUCAGUGAUCAUCUCGCUUUUACUGUCAGCCAGACCACAAUUUGAACUUGCUAACUUGCUAACGCGCAAUGCUAACGUCAGCAAGGUGUCAACUUCUGACAACAAGUGGCUUGUAGUCGCACAGAUGACAGACCUCGGUGAUAAGAUGGGUUCUGUUCGGUGGGCCUUUCGCUGUGGCUCAUGGACACCGAGCAGGUCCGAAUGGUUGUUUGCUGCUCGUUGUGUUCAGCAGGAGGAGAAAGACCGAGUUGGAAAGUUUGUGUUUGCAAAAGAUGCUAAAUCAGCCAUGGCUGGUAGGUUGCUGCUGAGGAGAUUCGUGUGUGAGAGGAUGCAUAUUCCAUGGGCGCAGAUCCGCCUGGAGCGAUCACCCAAAGGGAAACCAUACCUGGCUGCACCGCACGAUGUCAGCCCAGAUUCAGGCGUGGCCCCCCUGACCUGGAAUUUCAACAUCUCCCACCAAGGGGACUAUGCGGUGCUCGCUGCUGAGAAGGGGAUGCAAGUUGGGGUGGAUAUCAUGAAGACAUCCAUGCCUGGUAGCAGCAGUGUACCAGAGUUCUUCCGCAUCAUGACUCGUCAGUUUACGCCAUACGAGUGGAGCGUCAUCCUGUCGGCCGGCUCAGAGUAUCGACAGCUCGCCAUGUUCUACCGCCACUGGGCCUUGAAAGAAAGUUUCAUCAAAGCCAUCGGCACAGGGCUGGCUUUUCAUCUGCAGAGGGUGGAGUUUCACCUGCCUUCUGAAGCGCUCGCACAGGCCUCUGUACUCCGCCAGACCAGAAUGCACCUGGAUGAAGAGGAAGAAGAGGACUGGGUGUUUGAAGAGAGUUUAUUGGACGUAGACCAUCAUGUUGCCGUAGCACUCGGACCUAUUAAGACACCACACUCGACGCAUCCUACCUCACCUCCUCCUGCCCCCGCUGCUUUCACACAGUUGUCGUUUGCUGACCUCAUUUCCUCCGCCUCACCUUUGACCGACGAAGACCCCGCCUACUGGGAGAGCUUCCAGAUGAAGGCUGAAGCACCUUCGAGACAGAGAGACACACACGUCCACUCGUAGCUCACUCUGACACGAUCUUUGACACUGACCAAAGAUACUGCUGUCACUCUCUAGCAAUAAUGGCCAAAAUCACAGCGUUGUCUCAGAGGACAGGACAACCAGUAGAACCGAUGACACCCUUCUGACCUGAAAACCCUGCUGUAUAUUCCUAAUCUGGCCAAUUAGGAAGGCUCUCAACUACCACGCUUACUUGAUUACAUUUUGGUGACUACAAGACAGGUAUACAUUUCAAAUACAGAUGUCCUCAUUUUUGUUCCUUGUGAGUCCUCCAUCCAUCCAUCCAUCCAUCCAUUUUCUAUGCCGCUCAUCCUCACUAGGGUCGCAGGGGUAUGCUGGAGCCUAUCCCAGCUGACUUCCCGCAAGAGGCGGGGUACACCCUGGACUGGUCGGUCCCAUGAGUCCUGAUGAUGAAGAACUGGAAACAGUGGGUUAGCAACAGUGAUGUUCAGUGUAGUGCAGAACUACAGCAAGGCCAAACAAUCACAAUUUGCAUUGACCCUAAAUUACGUACUAGAGAUACCAACCACAUGCGUACGCCUGAAUUUUGUGAUUAAAAUGUAUGCACUUUUUUUUUGUCAUAAAUAUGUUACAUGCUGUGUAGGUGUGGACCCCAGGUGCAGAGGCGUGAGGCCGAAAAACAAAUAACUGGGCAUACUACUAGAAGACACGACAACUAUCAUGUGUCCAAAAAGUAGAAGAAGUCCAAGCGAGCAUGUCCUCAGAGCACGGGAAAAAACAACCAGCAUCUCCCAGCUGCAAACGAUCCGUUUUAAGUAGCCAGUCAGCAGCAAGCGGCACCCGGUUGUCCCGCCUCCAGCCGGAGCUGGGGCCUCUAAAAACAGAAAAAUCACAGAGGCUGAGAAGGCCAGGGCAGAGAAAGUGCAGAACAUAAGGAGCAAACGUGGAAUGUAACAAAAAGGCCUCAAAAAGUUACCAGAAACCUACGCUGUUUAAACGAUAUGCCAACCUUGCACCCACAAUGGAAGUCUGUGCCUAAAUGAAACAGGUGCAAAUGAAUGGGAUUGACUGAAAGGGUCUAGAAGGAGAUCUCCCCAGGACACACAUGUUGUCUCUGCCUUCCUCCCACAUCCCAAAAUGUGCAUACUAGGUUAAUUGGAGACUGUAAGCCUCAUCAAAGCUAAUUUUAUCACAAUUUAUGAAUCUUAUAAGAGCAUUUUGCUUAAUUCUUACCUUGUAAUAAGAAAAUUUGACGUAAAUUUAGCUAUUUGAGUAAGAACAACUUAAAUUAAGUGAGUUCAUUGUUCCACUUUGACUUUGUACACCAUUAUGAACCCAGUCCUUAAUACAGCAGGUCCAUGACUUUGGUUUCCAUUGAUGGUAUGUUGUUUUAUUAUGUCAUUUAUACAUGUUGUCAAUUGAAAUAUUUAAGGCUUCCCUUUAUUGUUUGAAAGGUGUAUUUUGGAACAAUUGUGGUCCAAGUGUGUUUUCUUCAAUUCCAGCAGUGAAUGCGCUUUGCCUUUUGCCCUUUGGCCCUCAUAAACCAUUUCUCAUCUUGCAUUUAUAUACUGUGCUUUUUUUAUAUCAGCUUUUGGCUCAUAGCCUCAUAGUCUCAUCAUGAAUCCAUUUUAGGCAAGGACAUUCAGUUGGCCGUCUCUGUCAGCUUUAGAUUUUCUCAGACGUUUGGAGAGAGUGAUGAGAUGGUGUGUUUGUAAGGGCAGCCUGCGCUGAUGUAUGCUAUGCAUUACAAAGCUAACGCAAAUAUCAAAACAGCUUGACCUCCGAACCCUGCUCUCAAGAAAGCAUAUGAUCGAUCGUGUACCCCUGAAGGAAAAAAAACUAUACAAGUGUUUGACCUGUACUGACCUCACACACAAGACCCUGAGCUUGACCUCCUAUUCUGUGUACUACAUGGCAAUAUCGUGCUGUUACAAGGCCAUAGGAUUCCAAUAAAACACAUGUUUGGAACAAAAGGUUUACAAAGAAGACAUGGAGUUGCUGCAAGCGGACUCAAUUUUCCAGGGUAAACACAGUCAACUUUAAACACUCCCCGUGUUGUGUACUGACUAAGAAUGUCCCGAUCCUUUUUUUUGUUUAAUAAUAAGCUUUUGUUACAAACAUGAAUUUGUGGAAUUGAAUGUGGUUAUGAAAAUAGCUCUUCAAAGCAUUCAAAAUAAUGCAACUAAUACUUUUUUGUUACACAGCAUGACCAACAAUAUUGUUUGGCUUUUGUACCAAACCUCUCUGAGUUAAUCCAACCAAAGAUCCAUCCAAUAAAUGAUCAAAUUGGGGGGAAAAAACGGCAGUGCAAAAUGCUUUUCGGUUAGGACUAAUCAUUUGACAUAGUUAUAGAUUAAUUUGAGGUGUGAUUUAGAGUAUAUUACUUUUUUUUAGCAAACUCUCGUCAGCGUAAUAGUAAUUUAUUGACGUCUAGGUGUUGCUUUUUCUUCUUUUUGUGGGUGGCGCGAGUCAAGCGGCAACCAGCUUUGAGGCGCAUCUCAGCACCUGCCAUGUUGGAGUGUGGCUCAGAGUUACGAACGUGAUACGGCAACCGGAUCGGCCUGAUCUAGUGGCGGAAGCCGAUAUUAUCUGAUCAAAAUACAGCUGAUCCCGAUCCUGAAGAUCGGAUCGGGACAUCACUUGUACUAAUACACACAAUAUUCGGUACACCUGGAUCUACCCUAAGAUCCACGACAAGAGAUGAAAUUCUGUCUUCUGAAAGGUAAUAUUUUCGGGAAAGGAUGGACAUGGUCAACAAAAAACAAACAUGUUCAAAUGUGCUAUUCCAGUGUGCAAAGACGUCAACUCUACGACAAGCCAAUAUUGUUGAUAACAUACUCAUACCUUCAUGUGUUCUGUUCCAAGCAUUAAA